AAAUGACAACCGAACAGCAUUGUCAGUGUUUGUAAACAAAUCGCGCAAUGUUGAAAUAACCGGUGCGAUUACAAAACUUGCUCCUCCGUUGCACGUUCAUCCUCCGUACGGUGAAUAAAUGUUGCGGCCAGGCAAAUUUUGGCACGCCUUUGCCUCACACAUCGUUCGAAGGCACCCGAUUCGAGGUGGCCUUCGGUGUGCCUUCCUUUCGACUGCCAGCUCCGGUUCGUUCGACGUAAUAGUGGUCGGUGGGGGCCAUGCUGGGACGGAGGCGUGCAGUGCAGCCGCCCGGAUGGGUGCUCGCACCCUGCUGGUGACGCAGAAACGGUCCACCAUCGGGGAAAUGUCGUGCAAUCCGUCGUUCGGUGGCAUCGGGAAGGGUCACCUGAUUCGCGAGGUGGACGCACUGGACGGGGUGUGUGCGAGAUGCUGCGAUCGAAGCGGUGUCCAGUACAAGGUGUUAAAUCGAAGGAAAGGACCGGCCGUGUGGGGACCCCGGGCUCAGAUCGACCGCAAACUGUACAAACGGGAGGUACAGCAGACGCUCGAAAACACGCCGAAUCUGACGAUCGUUGAAGCGUCCGUAGAGGACAUUGUGCUGAGCGAGGACAGUGAGCAGCCCCGGUUGGCCGGAGUUAAGCUGGCCGAUGGACGCACGAUGACGGCGGACAGUCUCGUGAUUACUACUGGCACGUUUCUGCGGGGACAGAUCAACAUCGGGCUGGAAACGCGCCCGGCAGGAAGAAUCGGAGACGAACCGGCGAUCGGACUGGCCAAAAGCAUCGAAGAGCUCGGCUUCCGAUUGGGUCGAUUGAAGACUGGCACACCGCCACGCAUUCACCGCGAUUCGAUUCGAUUCGAGCAGCUGGCCCGUCAUCCGGGCGACGAUCCUCCGGUGCCGUUUUCCUUCCUAAACGAUCGCGUUUGGCUCGAGGCACACCAACAGCUGGACUGUUUUCUCACCCAAACCACAGCGCAGGUGAACGACAUUGUGCUGCGCAAUCUGCACUGCAAUCGGCACGUGACCGAAGAGCUUACCGGACCCCGCUACUGUCCGUCGAUCGAGUCCAAGAUACUGCGCUUCGGGCACAAGCUGCACCAGAUAUGGCUGGAACCGGAAGGCUUCGACAGUGAGCUCAUCUACCCGAACGGUCUGUCCUGCACACUACCAGCCGACGAACAGGUGCAGCUCGUCCGCUGUCUGGAGGGACUCGAGCAGGCCGAGGUCGUGCGGCCCGGGUACGGCGUCGAGUACGACUUUGUGGACCCGCGGGAACUGCUACCGACGCUCGAAACCAAACGCGUCCGGGGACUGUUCCUGGCCGGACAAAUCAACGGCACGACGGGGUACGAAGAGGCCGCCGCACAAGGGCUUCUGGCCGGCGCUAAUGCCGCGGCCAGUGCACUCGCCCGCUCUCCCCUAACCGUGAGUCGCACCGAAGCGUAUCUCGGUGUGCUGGUGGACGAUUUGACGACGCUCGGCACAAACGAACCGUACCGGAUGUUUACCAGCAGAGCCGAGUUUCGACUAAGUUUACGACCCGACAAUGCCGAUUUGCGCCUCACGGAGAAGGGCUACGCGAUGGGGCUGGUGUCCCGGGAGCGCUUCGAGCGGACGCGUUCGAUACGGCAGCGGUUGGCGAAAGCGUCGGAACUGUUGCGCGAUGUGAAGAGGGGAAGCAAUCAGUGGCGCGCGGCCAUGCAGCUUCCGUUGGCAAAGGCAAGCGUUUACAAAAGCGCUUUCGAGAUGUUGGCCAUCUCGAACGAUGAAAUUACGACCGAGCGCGUGUGUGCCGUUGAGCCGACCGUUCUCGGGUGGAUCAGGGAUGACCGCGAGCUUUGCCAGCGGCUCAAGAUUGAAGCACUGUACAGCCUGUCGAUCGAGGAUCAGUCGCGCGAGGUCGAGGAAGUGUUGCGGAACGAAAGUUUACGGAUACCGGACGCUAUCGAUUACCUUUCGAAAUCCCUCAAUCUAUCGUUCGAAGAGCAAGAAAAGUUAGUCAAAAUACAGCCUCAGACGAUCGCUGCUGCUAGCCGAAUUCAAGGCAUUACACCGUCAUCCAUCGUCCGGUUGGUGAAAUUCGUGAAGCAACAUGAAGCACUCAGUGCCGCCGCCUAA